AUGGUCAUGGAAGCUCUGCUCAAAAUUGCAGUGCUCUUUUUCUUCCUUCAUCUCUCCAUUCUUGUUAACUCAUCUCCUUCCCAACACCUUCAGAUCAUCAAUGCCGAACGCAGGAUUGAUCUGAAUUCUCAUAUUAUUAAGGUGUACUUGACAUUGAAGGUUGAAAACUCAGGCACUUCUCCUACUUCAGAAGUACAUCUUGCUUUUUCACCUGCUGAAGCUGAACAUCUAGCAAUAGUCAAAGCUGCAGCAACUACCGGGAAGAGGAAGAAGAAGACUUAUGUUCCUCUCGAUGUUAAAUCCGCUGAGAUACCUGAUGGACCAAAUGGAACAAAAUUUUUCGCUAUAACCUUGUUAACUCCACUCAGUAAAGGUGAAUCAAUAACACUUGAGGAACAAACAACUUUCGUCAAGACACCAAGUGCUCGGGUAGAAUCAUUCACAGUAGUGGAGCCCGCUAAACGAGCUGGUUCAGAGAUAAGAUAUGGGCCAUAUGACAGUCGUACCCCAUAUUCAUAUUCUCCUGUACUUGUUCAUUUUGAAAAUAACAAUCCCUUUGCUGUUGUCGAGGAGCUGGUACGUGAAAUUGAAAUAUCUCACUGGGGAAGCAUACAGAUCACAGAGCGUUAUAAACUGGUUCAUGCUGGUGCUAGACACAAAGGUGUUUUUUCAAGGGUUGAGUAUCAAACUAGAUCAGGUGCUAGUGGUGUUUCUUCAUUUAAAAGUCUUCUUGCAAAACUACCCCCUAGGGUUCACUCAGUAUACUACCGGGAUGAAAUAGGCAAUAUUUCCUCUUCACAUCUACGUACAGAUUUUCUAAAGUCUGAACUUGAAUUUGAGCCUCGAUAUCCUCUAUUUGGAGGCUGGAAAUCCACCUUUCUCAUUGGUUAUGGGCUACCAUUGCAAGACUUCCUUUUUGAGUCUCUGGAUGGCAGAAGAUACCUCAAUUUUACUUAUGGUUGCCCUCUUGCUCAGACCGUGGUUGACAAGUUGAUUAUAAAGGUUGUGCUUCCAGAGGGAUCCAAAAAUCCUGAAGCCGUGAUUCCUUUUCAAGUAGAUCAACAUCUAGAGACCAAGUAUUCAUACCUUGACAUUGUGGGAAGGACUGUGGUGGUUCUAGAAAAAAGAAACGUUGUUCCUGAGCAUAACAUCCCUUUCCAGGUAUACUACAAUUUUAACCCUAUAUUCAUGCUUGCUGAGCCAUUGAUGCUGGCAUCUGUGUUUUUCCUGCUUUUUGCGGCGUCUGUGGCGUAUUUACAUAUGGAUAUUUCCAUCCGCCAGUCAUGA